AUGGAUAGAUCAAAUUCUGUACCUCGUCUUGGAUCAAAAAUGGUAACUCCUUAAAUGUAAGGUUAAUCCUACAGAACUAUUACUAUGCCAUAAGAAUCUUCAAACUCUUAGAUGAAAUUUAUAAAUGAUUUAGUUUAAUAGUAACCAAACAGUUAUCGAUCUGCAAUGGGAAUUCCUCAGAUAUAAGGAUAAUCCUAUAGAGCUACACAAUAAUCAUAUUUAAACCCUUAGACGAAAUAACUGAAUGAUUUGAUUUAAUACUAGUCAAACAGUUAGAGAUAAGCUGUUGGAUAAUAAUUUGAAUAACUUAGUCCUGGGGAAAUAAAUUAAUUUUAGAGAUAGUUUGAGAAUGGUUAAAUUUUAAAUGGUUUAUCUACGCUCUAAAAUGAAGCUAAUAUGACAUAGAAAUUAAUGGUUUAAAUGAGAUAAUAGCAAAAUCAACUUGCUCAACCAAUUUAAUAUGUACAAACACCUCCUUCUCUUGCUUUACCUCCUCCACAACCAAUUAUUUAUGUUUAAUCUCCUCCUACUCCUACUACUCCUCCAGUCCUUCCAUCUACUUAAAAGUAUAUUAUGUAAUAUUGUUCAGAAUGUUUGAAUAAAGAUUAAAUAGUAACUAUUUUUAUUUUAUUUUAAAUAGUUAAAACAAUAGGAAACUAAAAUUGAAUAUUUACUUGAAGAAAUGAAUAAAAUGAGUAGGUUUCUAGUAGAUAAGAGUUAAGAAAUUGAACUUUGGAAAAGAUAGUACAUGUCAAUUUAAACAGUAUACAUUAAUAAUAUGUAGGAUCUUUCAAGGCCUAAAGUGAUUGAUAAUUCAGAAAAGUAUCUUAAAGAAAUUAAUGAUUUGAAAAAUAAAUUAAAUUCAAAAGAUAAAGAAAUUAUAUCACUCAAAACUAAUAUCAAUCAAAUGUAAGAGAAACUAGAUCAAGAUUAAGAUCAAUUAUAAUUGAGAGCAAGAAAUAAUGAUGAAGGAGAUUUAGAAUAAUUGUAAAAAGAUUUAUAUGAUGCGUAACAAGAAAUUGAAAUUUAUAAAGAAGAUAAUGAUAGAUUGAAUAAUAAAUUAGCUAAUUUGGAAGCAUCAUUAUAGAAUAAGAAAACUGAAAUUACAACAGUUUAUAAAUCUGAUCCUGAAAUGGAAAGAUAAUUAAAAGAACUGAGGUAAAAGUACACUGUUCUUUAAUCUUAAUAUUACACUCUAUAAGAUACAAGCAAGAUUGUAUAAAAAGAAAUUUAAUAUGAAACUAAAGUUAUUUAUUAACCUGAUCCUGAAACAGAAAAACUUUUACAAAAGAAAAUCUAACAAUAUGAAGAACUUUAUUCUAGAUAUGUUUCACUUUAAGAUUAAUAUGCAUCGAUAUAAUAAAAACAAUUAAGUAGUGUUUAUGAAACAAAAACUAUUUAUAAGCCAGAUCCCGAAACAGAAAGGUAAUUAUAAAUUAAAAUUGAAUAAUACAAUUAAUUAUAUUAAAGAUAUAAUCAAUUACAAAACUAAUAUUAUUAAUUGGAAGACCGAAGUAAAAUGAUUUAAAAGGAAAUUUAAUACGAAACAAAAAUAGUUUAUUAGCCUGAUCCAGAGACAGAAAGAUUAUUAAAAUUAAAGAUACAACAAUUGGAAUCCAUGACUAGUAAAUGCACAAUGUUAUAGGGACAAAUUGAGAUGACAAAAACAUAAAUAGAAUAGUAUUAGACAAGAAUAUAUUAAUUUGAAACAAGAAAAUCAGAGAGUGAGAACAAUUAAAUAUAGGUUGAAUAGUUGAAAGAGUAGUUAAGAAGAGCUAAUUCUGAAAUUGAAUAAUACACAAGAAAGAUUUAUUAGUUAGAAUCAAAUAAUGAAUAAACAACAUUUUUUAAAAAGUAGACCUCUGAUCUUAAGAUGUAAUUUGAAUAAGAGUAACAAUUAACAAUAUAAUUGAAACGCAAAAUUGAAGAAAUGAAGGCAGAAUAAUCUAAAUAUGAAACAUAUAAAUUGAGGAUAAGAGAAUUGGAGGUUUUGGUUUAAUAAAAGGAGGAUAGAAUUCGAUAAAUAUAGUUAGAGUUAGAUCAAUAUAGAUCAGAUAUGAUGACUUAUUAGUAAAGAAUAUCUAGUUAUCAAGUGAACAUUGAUAAUAAUGAAGCGCUGAAAUAAUAGAUUCUUUAAUGGAGAGAGAAGUAUGAAUAAUUGGAAUAAAAAUAAAGAUAUUAAAAUAAUGAAGAGGUUAAUUAAUGGAAGAUUAGAUAUGAAUAAAUAGAGUAGAGAUAUGUGUCUUUGUAAUAAAGUUAUGAAACCAUUUAAAUAACUUUGAAAUAGUAUUAAGAGAAUGAGUAAUCAGAAGUAUUGAAGUUAGAAAUUAAGAGAUUAUAAAAAACUGUAUGAUUAAAUAUAUAUAAAUAGAUUGUUGAAUUGAGAAGUGAAAUCGAUCGAUUGUUAAUUUAAGCUUCAGAUAAUCAAUGGUUGUCUUAAAGAAAUGAGGAAUAGUAAUUAUUGAUUGAAUAGUACAAAUCUCAAUUAGAGGAAAGACAAUCAGUGUAACGAGAGUAUAAAUAUGAAAUUCAGAAUGUAAAUCAAAGAAAUGAACAUGCUUCUAGUCAAAAGAUAGUAACAACUACUUAAUAAUCAUAAUCAUAUCCAUCUAUAACGUAAUAAACUAAGACUGUAGAAUAUAAUUCAAUUCAACCAAAAAUGAGUUAAUAUAGUUCGUAUUAAUCAAGACCUGUAGAACAUACAAGUGUUUAAUAAAGCACACAAUAAAGAUAAACUUAUUAAUAAUCUCAUUUUAAGUAACCAUCUCAGGUGGUUCUAAUGAAUGAGUAAAAAAAAGUAAUUAUUUUGGUUAUGCAAUUAGAGUAGAGCGGAAUAAGAGUUUAGUUCUUAAAGAUGGAAUGAUAAUUAUGGAGUAGUGUUUAACGAAGUAACAUAAAAGGAGAAGUUAUUUUCAUGA